CUGCCCUUCUCCCCCAGACAGGCUGCAGAAUGUUUUGCUCCAGCUCAUCCCAGCCUGGCGUGGGACAGGGAAGAGAAAUGGCUGCAGUGGAGUCAGUCCAGGGGCUGGUGACCUUCAAGGAGAUGGCUAUGUAUUUCACCAGUGAAGAGUGGGCUCUGCUGGACCCCACUCAGAGAGCCCUCUACUGGGAUGUCAUGCAGGAGAACUAUGAGACUGUGACCUCGCUGGGCCAGAGAAUAACAUCCAUGUUUCGCUGCAGAUCAUCUCGUCCUCCCAGGGGCAAGGAAAUGGCUGCAAUGGAGCUGGCUCAGGGGCCGGUGACCUUCGAGGAGGUGGCUGUGUAUUUCUCCAGGGAAGAGGGGACUCUGCUGGACCCCACUCAGAGAGCCCUCUACAGAGAUGUCAUGCAGGGGAACUAUGAGACGAUGGUCUUGCUGGGUAAGGAUUCCUGUCCCUUCUGUUCUUGGAAGGGGAAAUGAAGAGUGAAGGUUCAUGCCACCCCCACAAUGCCAUCUGUACCCUGUCCUGUUUCAGCAUCACCCCAAUAGGCCAGUAACAUACAUACUACCAGAGACCCUCCUCUGCUGCAGAACACUUUGGGAACAGAGCACAGGAGCAGCAUCACACAAUGUCAAAUAUCUCCUCUUUACUCAAGUAAAACUGGGGUUAGGUCCAGCAUAAUGAACAGAAGCUUCCUACCCCCAGCCUUCUCUCAAACCCUGAGCCUUCUCUACCCAAACCAGAAUGUGCUUGGGGUGUAACAAGCAGGCGGCUGGAGUCAGAGCUGCCAGUCCAGGGUUACUUAUCAUACAGACACUCAGUGCGUCCUUGAACGCUGGCUGGGAGUAUCCAGACAGGGGAGCUCCAGCAGCAGAACACUGAA